GGUUGUUUCACACGCGCCACGAAUGGCUCGUGAGCCCAAUCACUGUUUGUUUCUUAUUAGCUUCAGAGGCAGAAAGGGCCCAAAGAAGAGGCAAAAGCGCACUUCGUCACCGUUCACUUCCUUGUUUGGCCAACGCCGGUGACGGAAUUUAAGAAAAAACACCCGCGUGUGAUUCUAGAAUAGGUUUCCUCCCAAUCCUUUUUUUGUUGCUGUGACCCAAAUUUUGGAUUCGAUUCUUUUGGCGUGUUUCCAAUCCAGUGAGGUUUCAAUCAAGUUUUUUGCAGUAUGAACUGUGCCAAUUUAGCUGAUAUUGAUUGACCAAACAAUUGACACCCUCAUUUUUAAUUUAAGCACAACCAUGGAGGCACGACCUGCUUUAUCCAUUCAGAGAUCAGGUGCAAGGCCGCUCAGUAACCUGGGGGUGUCUGGAGGGCUAUCAUCAUCUUUACCAGCCCUUACAACACCUUUGGAAGAGACAUAUCAAAAGUUGUCGGACAUGCAACAGGUGUCCUCAGAUAGGGAAUUGAUGACAAGGCCUCUGGUCCAUGCAACUUGUGUACCCACCAAUAGUGGAGCGGUUGGCCACAUAUUUUCAUCAUCCUCAGGAUUUUCAAGUGAUCUUCACUAUUCGUCUGCAUCACCACAUGAAAAGCAUUCAAGAAAUGCUCCUUUCAUUUCUCAGUCACCAACUGAUGCCACAGCUUUGCCAUUACCACAAUCAUCAAAUUCAGUGCUACCUCAAUCAAGUCAUUUCAACAAAGAUAGUAGUGGUUCUUGGUGUACAGAUCCAGGUUUUCUUGAUUUUCCUGUAAACACCCCUAUCCAGAGCAGUCAAGUAGAAAGCAGUAGUUGUAGUGGUAUCAUGACAUCUGAGGACUUCAGCAAACGGAAUGAUUGGCAAGAAUGGGCAGACCAGCUUAUCACUGAUGAUGAGGCUUUGGCCUCCAAUUGGGAUGAGCUUCUUGUUGACAACAAUGUUACAGAUCUGGAACCAAAGAUGGCAUACCAGGUGGCCAAACCAUGCACAACCAUGCCUGCCCAGAAACCCCAAGUACAUCAGCAGCUUCCUUCACCAUCUGUAGAAAGUCGCAGUGUUGCAAACCCGUUUUCAUCUGCAAAUAAUGCCCCUGCAAAGCCACGAAUGCGGUGGACACCAGAACUCCAUGAAGCCUUUGUUGAGGCUGUCAACCAGCUGGGUGGCAGUGAAAGAGCUACUCCUAAGAGCGUGCUGAAGCGUAUGGAAGUUGAAGGCUUAACCAUUUACCAUGUCAAAAGCCACUUGCAGAAAUACAGGACAGCUAGGUACAGACCAGAGUCAUCAGAAGGAUCCUCGGAAAAACAAUUGACUCCUAUCGAAGAUUUAUCAUCUCUGGACUUGAAAACGGGUAUGGGGAUCACUGAAGCUUUGCGGUUACAGAUGGAAGUCCAGAAGCGGUUGCAUGAACAGCUUGAGAUUCAGAGAAAUUUACAGUUGCGAAUUGAAGAACAAGGGAGAUACCUACAACUGAUGUUUGAGAAGCAAAAGUCAGGUGUGGACAAGCUGAAGGUGUCAUCUUCUAAUAAUCUGGAGAAUCCACCUGCUCCUCCAGAUGCUACCAAAGAGUCUCCUGCAAAAAGUGACCUGGAAGCCUCCCAGAUGGAUCAUGUAAAUUCAGGAACCGACACUGUUAAUGCCAACUCGAUUUUGGAGAGUAGUUCACAAGAAAUAGGUGCAAAGCAAAAGGCACCUGAAACUAGUGAUCUAGAGAAAGCUGAAACCUGUGUUUCUGAGUCAAGUUCACAACCCUCAAAGCGUCCAAGAAUUGAAGAAUAAGUUAUAACAGCUUUGAACUGACAAGCACCUUAGUAGGAUAGAUCAAGUUGAGAUAUGGAUAGAGCUUUUGAGGUUUUAAGGUCCUUUUCCCUCUUUUUAUGCCCUUGUGGACAAUUGUGUAAAACACUCGAUAUUUAGUUGAUAAACCAAAAGCUUAUAAGGUUUAGUUUGAUUUUCCUAGCCUCCAACCUCCCCAAGUGGAAAUGAAGGAGCAUUUAAUACAGUUGCACAAAUUUUAUUAGAUAUGCCAGUGAAGGUGUCCCAUUUUUGAGGGA